AAAAUCUUUAGAAUUUAUGAAAAGUUUGCUCUAAAUUCUCAGCUUGGAACCUAAAAUUGUUUAAUCAACAUCUAUAAUAUAACGGCUCGUGCCGUUAAAAGUAGGUUCGUAAUGGCGCCAACAAGAUUGGCAACGAAACCGCUCGGCGUCAACGAGAACCUGAACGGCAUGUUAAGCCACGGCAUUACGACGAGGAGUAAGCAGCUAGCUUCUCUAAAGAGUCACAAGGACAGUCUAAAAAUUCCCAAUAAAAGGAAAGCAGACAGUCCUCUUAAAGAUGUGACUGCGAAGAGGGCGGCGUUCGGAGAUAUAACGAACGCCUAUAACAAAUCGUGCGCGCCCCAGGACAAGGAUAAAGCCAUGCCAGUGAAGAAAGUCACUGUUGAGACUAAAAUGCUUCCAGCAGUAAAGAGCAUCAAAUCACAAACAAGCACACUAAAUGGCAAAACUUCAAAGACCAAACAACUCCAGCGGGUAGCCACUAAUGCUAUUGAUGCAGUACAGAAACAUUUCACCAAAGACCCACCCAAGCAAGUGGCCACAAGAGCUCAGAAUGGCAUCCUGAAGAAUUUUGAAAGGAAAGACAAACUCAAAGAGCAGAAUCUGAGUAAUGGUUCAGUCAAAUCUGCAAGAAGUGAUGUUUCCGGUGAACCCUCACUUUAUAUGACUGCCUUGGAGAAUAUUAGCCCAUCUGAGGUAACUAAAGAAGAGUACAAACAAAUCAGUGAGAAAUUGAACAAAGUAAACUUGGAUGACACAUCUAGGUCUUUGGAUGAAGAAACAGAGAGCCCUCAUAAAACUCCUUCUGGUGUUCUUGACUUUGACUUUGAGAAUUGGAAUGAUCCACUCCAAGUAUCUCAUUAUGCUAUGGACAUAUUUAAUUAUUUGAAAAACAGGGAGCGCCUUUUUCCUAUUGACGAUUACCUGAAACGUAUGAAUGGAAUUACAUCGUGGAUGAGAGCGCUACUUGUAGACUGGAUGGUUGAAGUUCAAGAGAGUUUUGAACUCAAUCAUGAGACCCUGUAUUUGGCUGUGAAGCUAGUUGACUUGUUCCUUACUCGUUCAACUAAGAAUGAACAAAUAGAACAACUGACAAAGGAAGAAUUGCAACUAUUAGGAGCAUCUGCCUUGUUUAUAGCUUCUAAGUUUGAUGAGCGCAUUCCGCCCCUAGUGGACGACUUCCUGUACAUAUGCGACGGUGCAUAUACGCUGAGCCAACUGCUUAAAAUGGAGAUAACCAUUCUCCGGGUCAUCGACUUCGAUCUCGGCGUGCCGCUCUCCUACCGGUUCCUCAGGAGAUACGCCCGGUGUGCUCGUGUAUCAAUGCCUACACUAACACUGGCUCGGUUUGUGUUAGAACAAUGCUUGUUGGAAUAUGGACUUAUUGAAAAUUCAGACAGUAAAAUGGCUGCUGCUGCACUGUACCUUGCUCUCAGGAUGAAGAAUCUAGGUUCAUGGACACCCACUCUACAGUAUUAUACAGGUUACAACCUCAAAGAAAUUCUCCCGAUUGCAUUAGCCCAGAAUGCAGUUCUACACAAGAAGCCAAAGUCUGCGAUUAGCACAGUUAGGAAUAAAUACUCACAUACAAUAUUUUUCGAAGUUGCCAAAGUACCCCUAAUAGACGAGGCGACGCUCACUAGCUGAGGAAUAAGUACCAGGAAUGUUGUAUAAAGUUUAGUACUAGGGUAUGUACUUAAGUUUUGAUAGUUAGUUAUACAUGUAAUCGUUAACAAAGCUGUUAGCCUAGUCGCCAAGAUCAAGUUCUUCAACUACU